GGUGGCCAGGUGUAUUCGUUGUAAUAACAUGGAGGGACAUAUGGAGACGUGGAGACCCGGUACCGAGGAACUUUGCUUGGUAUCGUAUCGGAGUAUUUGGUUCCCUGGGCGUAGGAUAGAUGAAGAUCUUCCCCAUGGCAUCAUGUUCCUGCAUGCAAUGUGAGUCUUUAUUAAGAACACAGAUCUAGAACUCCCAACUGGGAUUCUGCCUACCCAUUUCAUGAUUCUCGAUGUAUGUUCGAUACCGGUACUCUAUGGUGAACUGGAUGGAUAUACAUGAUGGAGUCAAUUUAUGUUUUUCAAGCCUCCUUUGAAACCCCCUCUCCUCACGUAAUGACGUCUUCCAUUACGAUCUCAAUUAUCAAGUGGUAAAUCAUGAAUCUAGCUUGUCAAUUUUCAGACUUGUAUGGUACAAGGCAAUAAUCAAGUCUCCAUGCGAUGCUACCUACCUACUUACCAAGUAUCUUCUGUUCUUCAUCCAAAUCAACCACAGCAUACUCAUAUCCAUUGCCACAACAUCGAUCAUGGCAACUUUCAAAUCCAUCCACAAUUGCCUUCUCAAGAUUCCAGCCCCACUACUUCCACCUGCCUCACCUCACGAUCCAACGCUUACCUCGAAAAUCGCCUCCCUUCAGCUUCAUCCAACUCUAGAGACUGCUCUCCACCUUUUAAAUCUCGAUUUACCAUCAGCACACUUCUUAGCUCGCCAUAUGCAGUCGGCGCCAGCUUUCGAGGGCAUGUAUCUGCAUGGGAUUCUGCAUCGAAUCGAGGGUGACUAUGAUAAUUCAAGAGCAUGGUAUAGCGAUGUCAAGGAGUCAGAAAUAUAUUCAAACCUUUGGGGACAGGGUGGUCAGACUUGGAAAGCGUGGAAGGAGGAGCAUGGCAAUGACGGCAACAGGGAGUCAUUAGAUAAUGGUCAAAAGUUUUUGGAUGCUGUCCAGAAAUUCAAGGAGAUGAAUGGAAAGGGAAGCGAGAAGGAGAAGGCAUCUCUCGAGAGACAAAGUAAGGAGGAGAUUGAUGGUGUUAUUGAAUGGUGUGUGAACAAGUUCGGCACAUCCAGGAUGAUUGAUGCUAGUUCUGCUUGGGUCAAACCUAGUGAUGAGAUCAAGAAAAUGGGUGAAGAUCAAGUCAGCGGAGACAGUGGAAAAAGAAAGUUUUGAAGAGAGAGUCUUUAGAACAGACAUAUUAAGACAAAAACCAUUGCAUUAGACA